AUGGCGAAUCGCACAGAUCCACUGGCGAAGAGCAUUAGGGGCACGAACCCGCAGAACUUGGUGGAGAAGAUUUUGAGGACCAAGAUAUAUCAGCAUACGUACUGGAAGGAGCAAUGUUUCGGGCUGACGGCGGAGACGCUGGUCGACAAGGCCAUGGAGAUCGACCACCUUGGUGGCACCUAUGGCGGCAACCGCAAGCCCACUCCUUUCAUGUGCCUUGUAAUGAAGAUGCUCCAGAUUCAACCCGACAAGGAAAUUGUUGUCGAGUUCAUAAAAAAUCCCGAGUACAAGUAUGUCCGUAUUCUUGGAGCUUUUUAUUUGCGACUGACAGGGACAGAUAUAGAUGUAUAUCGUUAUCUGGAACCUCUGUACAAUGACUACCGAAAGCUAAGGUUCAAGACAAAUGAUGGAAAGUUCAUAUUGACACAUGUUGAUGAGUUUAUCGAUGAGCUUUUGACGAAGGAUUAUUCUUGUGAUAUUGCUUUGCCACGGAUUAAAAAAAGAUGGACACUUGAAUCACUCGGUUCAUUAGAAGCUCGAAGAAGUGCUCUUGAAGAUGACUUUGAGGAGGAGGAAGAGAAAGAUGAAGAUGAUCAAAUUGCAGACGGAUUAGAUUCUGGAGGCAAUGACAAGGAUUAUUACCGAGCACGAAGUCCAGCUAGAGAAAAAGAUCGAGAGAGAAAAAGAGAUAGUCACAGAUACCGGGAUCGAGACUAUGGCAGAGAGUACGACAGGGAUAGGGACUAUGACAGAGAGUAUGACAGGGAUCGCGGGAGAGGGCGGGACAGAGAGAGAGAUCGGCACCGGCUGACGAGAGAUGAGAAGGAAUAUAGGGACAGACGGGAGAGAGACCGGCGGGACAGGAGGAGGAGCCUCUCAAGGAGCAGAAGCCGAAGUAGGGAUCGAAAUCGUGAAGGAAGAAGGCACCUUGCCAGUGUGAGUCCUAAAAGGCGUGCUGAGGAGCCCAAGCAGAAGAAAGAGAAAAAGGGGAAGAAAGAUGAUGGGACGGAUCAUCCCGAUCCUGAGAUUGCUGAAGCAAACAGGCUCCGUGCUAGUCUCGGGCUUAAACCUCUCAGGGGUUAA